AAGCCACUUAAACGCUUUAAAUAUUUGAAGUAUUUAAAUACAGAUUCAAACGUAUUGACAAAAGCUUGUAUUUCCAAAACUUGAUUUUCAUUUUGUUCUUUAACAAUUAUUAAGCAACAGAACUCCAAGGUUAUAACUUGUUCUUCAUACCGUGAUCUCAAUAACAAGUAAUCAGUAGAUUACAAAUAUGAGCUGAACUUUAUAUACGCAUAUACCCUCUUAGUUCCAUACAGAGUACAAGACCUCUGAUCCUCAAGGGCUAAAUAGAAGGCUUAUGUAGAAUUCAAAGUAAACUAUAACGGAACGAAAUUCCGGUUAUAUACUAACUGUAUUUGUGUAUGAGAACUGUGUAUAAGCUAUCUAGUCAUCCUAGUCAAAGAUUUAAAAAAACAACAUAUAUUGUGAUAUUUAGAUAAAUUAAGUAUUAGUCUUAAAGAAGAAGAAAGAAAAAACAAAAUGGUAGCUCUGAUUUUGUUUAUGAUAGCGACCGUCGUGGCGCUAGUGUUGUUCGACAGAUACGUCGAGGAACAUACCAAUCAGCAGCAGAACUCGCAGUCAUCUUACGUGGACGAACCGCGGGCUGAGCGGGCUUACAGCAGCUGCAGCCUGUUCACGGUGCUGGGAUUCACGCGUGAGGAGGUCCGGUCCUUCACGGCGUUCCGUGACCACUUCCGGAGCUAUGCGGAAGUGACGGCAGCCAUGCGGAGGGCGGGGCUGGAACGUGUGCGCCUCAUAGUGGGGAUAGACUUCAGUGCCAGCAACGAAUGGCAAGGACGAAGGACGUUCAAAGGAGAGCUUCUCCACGCCUUAAAAGGCACUGCUGUCUUCAAUCCUUACCAGAAAGUGUUGCACACACUAGCUCCAGCUUUCACGCCUUUCCUACAUGGCCAACCAAUCCACGCCUACGGUUUUGGUGACGUCAGGACUAAAGACUAUGACGUAUUUCCAUUGAGGCCAUCUGGAUCAACAUGCCCCGACAUGAAUGAUGUAUUGGAUGCUUAUAAUCACAGUGCACGCAGGGUACAGCGAAGCGGCCCUUCUAGUCUAGCGCCUCUGAUUCGCCGCGCCACGGACCUAGUCCAGCGCACUCAGUGCUUCCACAUUCUGCUCGUGCUGACCGACGGACAGAUGCGGCCCGAGGACGCGCAUUCCCGCCACGCCCUGGUGCAGGCCUCCCGCUGCGCCCUCAGCAUCGUCACCGUGGGGGUGGGGGACGGGCCCUUCUCCGCCCUCGAAGAGUGGGACGAGGGCGUCACGGACAGGGUGUUCGACAACUUCCACUUCGUCGAUUACCACAAGGUGGCGCGGUCGGCGCGGAACGCUGAAGCCGCCCUCUCUCUACACGCGCUCAUGGAAAUACCGGAUCAGUACCAGACCAUCAUCCGACUGGGGUAUUUGGAGAAGUUUUGAAUGAGACAUUAAAUCGUGGGGUUACAAGUGAAACACACUAAAUCAAAAAAUAUGGUUUUGAGUAAACGCUGAUUAAAGAUUUUUUUUUGCUUUGUCUACUUUGGUAGUACCAAAUUGGUACUGCUAUUAUUUUAUCAAAAAAGUUAAACCACUGGCAUUUUGUUCAAAAUCAUGGAACUGUCUUGGUUCUCAUUAGUUUAUUUUUUAUAUUACACUAACGAUAGCGACAAUUAGGACUAAUUAUCACCAAUUGUAU